CGUACUUUAUAUUUCUUUUGACUGAAUUUUCUUUUCCCCAUCUUGCACUACAUUGCUCUUCUACUUAAUGUACUGUUCUGAGCUGUGGCAACUCGGACCGCUACACAGUAAUGCCUGGUCCUAUGUUGAUUUGGAUGGUAAAAGGAAAAAAACAGCUUUCAAAGUCAGUGGUGAUGAUAUACCUACAGUUUUAAAGCAUUUUCUUCCCUCAAAGAUGUCUAGUGAGCAUAUCGUAUAAGAGACUGAUAUAACUUGACAAGUAAAGAAAAUUUGUCAAGUUUAUUCAUUCAAUUCACUCUCUAGUAUUGAGCUAUGCAUCGGUAUAUGUUAGCUCUAAGGUAACAUUCUGCUAACACUUUUCUGCAUCUAACGUUUAGGAGGCUACAUUUUGUUAUUAUCUUCGCCUGAUGGAACUUGCACUGUUGAUGAGAGUAUAGACAUGAGGAUCAACUAGACGUCAAGUGAUGAUACGGACUAUAGCUUACAUGUCAAUCGAUGACGUUGUGAAACUUCAGCGACAAAAUCAACGCAGAACCUUGCACAUAGGUGUAUUGGCUCAAGUUGCCACACUUCCCAAUAGUAUACAAAGAACAUAGGUGGAUAGAAAAGCAGACAAAGUUUUGUGAGAGAAUAAACCAUCUGAGGAUAAAGGUUAGUCCAAAUAUUCAAGCUUUAGAUGUCGAGAAGUGAAUACAUCUGCAUCACUGUGACUGAUUCUCAACUAUGUCACCAAAAGUCUUCAACCACUGAUUCUCUUCGUCUCAGGGACCCCAACCAGACAGUCUAGUUCUCUUCAUACGACUCAAACCAAUAGUCAGAGACUAUAAGGACUGGUCCCGACCGAUAGCUGCUACCUUGACGUGGUGGUCGGGCUUGCAUAUCACAAUGACCCAACGAGCUAUGCUGGUGGAACGCUUGUUCCCUCGAGGUCCUACCAUACCAGAAAGGUCUGUUGGGUAGUGGUUAGACGAAAAGCAGUUACCGUUAUAGUGUAAAUUGCUACACUAUGAUGGGGGUCUGAGGGCGAAGUCGUACUGCUGCUAGCUGGAUGGGGUGUGACAGCAGUAAGGUGUUUCCCUUGGAUGACCAGCAGUGCCAAGCUGAUGCUGCCUUCUCAGUGGAAGGGGGGGUUAGAAAAGGUCGGCCCCAAAAAUAACACACUCCACCACGCCCCACGGUCUGCCGGGCCGGCGGUGUUGGUUCACUUGUCGUUUCCUUUCGCUCAUCCGGCCCCAAAAAUACAAAAAUUCAAAAUAAUCAUACUCAAAAGGCUGGGUGUGACAGGCCUCAAGCAGAUGUCCGAUGGGCUCUGCGGUCACACAAAUCUCUUUCAGGUACCUUAAGAAGAAAUAGCCUUCCACGGUGUGGGCAGCCGGGAAGUGUCAACCGCCCUCACAACUCUGUCAGCACCCAAGUUUCUUCUGACUGCUAUCCUCCUCCUCCAUCAUUACCUUCUAAUCUUCCUUCACGUCUCUUAAUUAAUGAUGCUGCAUCAUCUUCAAUUUCUCCUACCUCUGCAGCCUUCGACAACGAUCUGAGUCCACAGAACAGCAUCCCUGGUCUCCUUAAACCACGCUCCAAAUUACAUAUUGGAGCCUUCAAUGUCCGCACCCUCCGUCAAAUUGGCCAACAGGCUUCGUUGGCAAAGACUCUAGCAACUCGGGCAUGGAUGUGUGCUGUGUUUGUGAGACACGCAUACAGGACCCAAGUGUGGUUAUUCACCUGACCUCUCCUGACCAAUCUGGUGAAUCUGCAAAAUUCACCCUUCGAGUUUCUGGAGAUUCGAUAGCUAGCUCUCGUGGUCUUGCAGGUGUAGGUAUAGCAUUAAGCACCAGGGCAGAAAACUCACUACUAGACUGGAUCCCAGUUGAUAGUCGCCUCUGCGCUAUGAGGCUGAACGGCACAGUGAGAACUAAAAGGAAUAGUGAGACUCGCCGUUGUCUCUUUGUAAUCUCUGCUUACGCACCCACUGACUGUAGUUCGGAUGAAGUGAAGGACGAGUUCUACCAUAAACUGUCUAACCUCCUCUCGAAAGCCAAACGUUCGGACGUAGUGGUUGUUGCAGGUGACCUCAACGCACAGGUGGGUAGACUGAGUGAGGCAGAAAGGCACUUAGGUGGCACUUUCGGAAUCCCAGCUGAACGUACAGAUAACGGUGAUCGCCUAUUACAACUAUGCUCAGAUAACCGCCUAUUUUUAGCCAGCACAAAUUUCAGACAUAAAGAAAGGCACUGUCUGACCUGGCGUCCACCGAGCUCGACUCAGCGAUGGACACAGAUAGACCACAUUGCUAUUAGUCAUCGCUGGAGAGGAUCGGUGGAAGACUGCCGCUCCUUCUGGAGUACGUGUUUGGACAGCGAUCAUGCGUUGGUCCGAGCACGUAUAUGCCUGCGUCUCAAUGGACGUAGAAAAAAUUUGGCAACAAAACCACUACGAGUUCUGCUGGACAACGAAAACACCAAAGCCGUGUUCAGUGAGAAGUUGGCUAGGCAGUUAUCGGAACAAAAGACUGUCACUCAUCCAGAAGAAGCUUGGUGCCAUCUUCAGUCUACUGUAAAAGCAGCACUGGAGACUGUAGCCGACUCCAAGAUAAUGGCUAAAAAGAGCCAGUGGAUAUCAGCAGCUUCUUCCAAACUAAUGGAUGCACGUGAAUGCAUCCCUGCAGGCUCUGAGUACAAUGAAGAGCGAGCGCAACUUAAAAAUAAACUGACGAAAAGUCUGCGCAACGAUCGUGAACAGUGGUGGGCAGCAAAGGCUAAAGAGAUGGAAAAGGCAGCGGCGAUCGGUAACAGUAGACAGUUAUUUAGACUUAUUAAGGAGACUGGGGGGAAAUGGUCAACAACAGUUAGUGAGGUUAUAGCGGAGAAGGACGGAUCGGCGAUUCACUCGCAGGGAAGGCGACUGGGACGAUGGGCAGAACACUUUGAGGAACAGUUUAACUGGCCUCCAGCCACCAUUGCGCUGCCCGCUAUCCAGUCGGACCCUGAAUGGGACAUAGAGACAGGUCCCCCAACACUAGAAGAAGUUGAGAAAGCGGUAGGUAGCCUGAAACGGGGAAGGGCAGCAGGACCAGACGGACUACCUGCUGAGGUAUACAAGAAUGGUGGUAGAGUUCUCUUAGUCAGGCUAACGGAAGUGUUAGCCAGUAUAUGGGAAUCAAAUACGAUCCCCUCCGACUGGUCUAAGUCACUGAUCAUCCCAGUCUUCAAGAAAGGCGAGAAGUCCUCUUGUGAUAACCACAGAGGAAUCAGCCUGACAAACAUAGUGUCUAAGAUCCUAAGUUCUAUAAUUCUCCGACGCCUGAGUGGAGCUCGGGAACAGCAAGCCCGAGAAAACCAGGCAGGCUUUAGACCUGGCCGUGGAUGUAUCGACCAAAUAUUCACACUGCGCCAGGUCCUGGAACAUAGGCAUGCUUACAGACGCCCGACAAUAGCUGUAUUUCUCGACCUGAAGGCGGCAUUUGACUCCGUUGAUCGAGAAGUCUUAUGGCAGUGUCUGUCACUGAAAGGCGUGCCUAGUAAGUACAUCACCUUAUUGAAAGCUCUCUACUCGAACACUUGUGGGCAUGUUAGAGCCUAUGGUGAGUUGUCCAGGGAGCUAUACUCAUCAAGUGGUGUCCGUCAAGGAUGCCCACUAUCCCCAUUCUUAUUUAAUUUUAUCAUAGAUAUUCUUAUGGAGGUUUCCCUCUCGUCACCUAAUUACAAAGACGUUGACCCGAUCACAGGUGAAUUUUCCUUAGAUCUAGAAUAUGCAGAUGACAUAGUCCUGUUAGGUGAAGACGCUGACAAGAUGCAGAGUCUUCUGAACACUUUGAGUGGGAAUUUGAGAAUGUUUGGGAUGCGAUUUUCACCACCCAAAUGCAAAUUUUUGCUCCAGGACUGGUCUUCAGCGGUACCGCGGUUAACAAUAGAGAGUGAAGUGGUUGAGUGUGUUGACCACUUCACUUACCUGGGAAGUAGGAUCAACCCGGUGGGUUAGUUGCCGAUGAGAUUUCUGCACGGAUACAAAAGGCUCGAUUGGCUUUUGCCAAUUUGCGCCACCUAUGGCGCCGCCGUGAUAUUCGUUUGUCUAUUAAGGGUCGCGUGUACUGCACAGCAGUCCGCUCUGUUCUACUGUAUGGCUGUGAAACAUGGCCAUUGAAAGUGGAAGACAUGAGAAGGUUUCAGGUGUUUGACCACCGUUGCCUUCGUAGUAUAGGACGUAUUCCGUGGUGUCACCAUGUGAGUAAUGCAGAAGUUAGGUGUAGAGUUUUAGGGAGAAGAGGUAAGUCAGUCGACGAGGUUGUGAACCUUCAUCGACUGAGAUGGUUGGGACACGUACUACGUAUGCCUAGUCACCGAUUGCCUCGUCACAC